CAAAAUUUUUUGGGAGGGAGGGAGUAAAAUUUACUUUAAGAAAAAGAGUGAUUACCCGGGUGCUUCUCCAUUUCCCACUCUCAUUGUCUUAUUCCUGUCUAAACUCCCGCGGCACCCCAAACCCUCAUUACUCCCAUCCAUACACGUGCCAUCAUAUUCAUAUCCCUCCAAUUAAAUACCAGCGACCCGGCCAUAUAUCGAACUCGAUCCAAAAAGCAUACACAGCUAACGUCAACGAUGAUGCCCCGCGGCGGCGUCUGGUGGUUCGCGAUAUGGACCUGCAGCUGUCUCGCCUUCGCCUGCCCCUCCGUCGUCAACGGCGGUGGUGUUGGCGUAAAUUGGGGAACUCAAGCCGCCCAAGUCUUGGAACCUCCCAUCAUCGUCCAGAUGCUCAAGGACAACCAUAUUGAGAAGAUUAAGCUCUUCGACUCCGACCACUGGACUAUAAACUUCUUCGCCGGCACUGGCAUAGACGUUAUGCCGGGAAUUCCCAACAACCAGCUCCACCUCUUCGCUGAUGAUUUUGAUCAUGCCAAGGACUGGGUCAAGGAAAAUAUUAGCUCCCAUUUAUACGACGGAGGCGUUAAGAUCAAGUAUGUGGCCGUGGGGAAUGAGCCGUUCCUAAAGGCUUACAAUGGCUCCUUCUUGAAAACAAUGUUUCCAGCGCUGCAAAACAUCCAGAAGGCUCUUAACGAUGCCGGGUUAGGAGAUAAGAUUAAAGCAACCAUUCCCCAAAAUGGGGACGUAUACGAUUCUGGCUCGGCCGGUCCGUCUGCUGGGAAUUUUCGGUCUGAUAUCAAGGACCUUAUGAUCAAGAUUUCACGUCAUCUCCGUGACAACAACGCUCCUUUCCUUGUUAACAUAUACCCUUUCCUUAGCCUCUACCAAAACCCAGAUUUCCCUGUGGACUUUGCCUUCUUUGAUGGUGGUGCCAAACCAGUAAUCGACAAUGGGGUGUCGUACACAAACAUGUUCGAUGCAAAUUUCGACACACUGAUGUGGUCAUUGAAGAAAGCAGGAUGUGAAAGCGUGAAAGUAAUUGUGGGGGAGGUUGGGUGGCCAACAGACGGUAAUGCCAAAGCAAAUAUGAAAAUGGCCGAGAAAUUCUACAAGGGAUUUCUUCAAAAAAUUGCAGCAAAGAAAGGGACUCCAAUGCAUCCUGGCCAGAUAGAUGCCUACCUUUUUAGUUUAACUGACGAGAACAUGAAGAGUGUGGCUCCAGGUGACUUUGAGCGUCAUUGGGGGAUAUUUAGCUAUGAUGGUAGGCCUAAAUUCCCAAUCGAUUUCACCACCAAAGGUCACAACGAGAGUCUACCUGUGGGGGCAAAGAACGUGCAAUAUUUACCAGCACAGUGGUGCGUUCUUGAUGACAAUGCAAAGGAUCUGAGCACUUUAGGAUCCAACAUCCAGUAUGCAUGCUCACUUUCUGAUUGCACGGCAUUGCGCCCUGGAUCUUCUUGCCAAAAUCUGGAUUCAAAGAGUCGGGCUUCAUAUGCCUUUAACAUGUAUUACCAAGUAAAUAAUCAAGAUGUAGAAGCUUGUGAUUUCCAAGGACUUGCUAAGAUUGAGAGGAAAAAUGCAUCCACGAGUGACUGCUUGUUCCCUAUUGCCUUAGAGAGCACAUGCUUAAAGAUUGGCAGCAUGAGGGUUGAAGUAAUCAUCAUUUUCGAGAUCUUCAUCUUUUUUGCACUCUUUUAGGAGUCAUUUUUGAAAUUCCAUUUUUAUGGUGCUUCAUUUUUACAUAAUAGGGACUUCAAAAUAAUUGGUUGAAAAAUUCUAUGUAAACGAUGAGAAGCAAAAUGCAGAAUUCUUCAAAAUAAUUCCCAUGUAAACUUUGGAAAAAAAUACUCUCCAAGAGGCUUCUUUAGUGGUGCCCCAUCAUUUUCCCAUAAAAUGGAAUGCUACCCAUGUAACACCCUAAUCCGUCCAGGUCUGCAACCCCUUCCGGACUAAAGUAUUAACUUGGUA